CGUCGUAAGUUGUAUAUACAGGGUGGAACCUUUCAGUGGGUAAAAAAGCUAUGAUAUGAUAUUAUUGAUGUUUGUAAUUUAAAGGUUUUUUUUUGUGUAUUUAUUCGCUAUCAAAGUGGUAGAAAGCGGAAGAGAUCAUUUUAAAUAUUUAAGUUGGAAAUAAAUAAGUCGAUUUUAUUAAGGAAAUUGUAUUAAAGUAUUUGAGUAAAGUUGAGCUAGCCGUGGAUACAUAAAAAAAUCUAACAUUACCGUAAAAAGAAGGACCAAAUAAAACGACCAUUGAUUUUCCCACCUUGAAAUGCAACACCUGUUACACUGUCUGGUUCCUUAAAAACAAUUUCUUUACGGUUUUUCCCAUAAUCCAGGUUUCUUCCAAUGUGUUUUUCUGCUUGUCUCCGAGGUUUCUUUUAACCUUAUUCACGUCUGAUGCUUUCUUUCACACUCGUCGUUAUUCUUCGUUUCUUCCAUUAGCAUUGCCGUAGCGUUGCUGAUUCAAAUUGAGAAUAGGAAAACUGCGUUGUCAUACUUAAAAAUAGCUGCCUUGGAAAAAUUUGAUUUUCCUGAUGUACGAAUUUAAAUAAAAUCGAUAAGGGCUAACGAACUAAAUUGUGUCGAGUCAGCACGUAAAAGCCAAAACCAUUUAAUGAAACUUUUUUAUAGUCAUGGUUUUACAUUUGGCGAACAAGUAAAUCCAUGGUGUGAUGCCUAUCUGCGCAUAUAUAGAGGUGCUUCCGUAAACAAGAUGCGUGUUCUUUGAAAACCAUUCAGAAAAGCAUCCGUACACUCACUUUGCGUAAGGAUCGUUGUGUGCAUAGCAUGUCAGAAGGCGAUUAAAUCAACGCAUAACUCAAGUUUCUGAGUGAUUUGCAUUGCAAAUAUUUAUUAAAAAACAAUUAUGAACUUGAGGGUAUUUGCACUCAAGGUUAUAUUGAAACUUUUUGAUGUCCUUUGCGAUACAGCACGGCUCAUGCUAUAGCUUUUGUGUUUUUUUCAAAACAAAACUUAAUCCCAUUACAACCCUUAUAAAACAUGGUAGAGUGCAACACAAAAUCCCUGCCUGGAAAUGCCACGUAACUAUCUACCUUCAAAUGCCACAUGAUGUCAGAAAGAAAAAAUCACCAACAAUAAUAUUAUAUUAUUAUUAUUAUUGUUAUUAUAAAAAAAAAACAUAAGACGUACCCAUUUAACAAAAAAUUAAAAAAAUCAACAUCUCUCACUCUCCCUCCCUGCCUUCUUCCCUCCCUCCCGCUCUCCCCCCUAUUUAAUGUGUCCCGAACCGACUCCUAAGGUCACGUACUUUUUCGAGCGCUCCGGCCUGUAAGUAUCGUAGGCCUCGGCUGAACCGAUUGGAACCAAAUUAAUUAGUACUAAACUCAUUCUUAGACAUAAGAUGGCAGAAUCGCGCAUGCGCAAGUGUUUCUUCGAAUAUCUUCGGAGUUAAUCGGACUUCCGAAUUUUUAAAACAUCAUUUAAGCCCUAAAAUACGCAACUUUGUUAUUGAAUGUUAACAGAAACGUUGAGAAAUCGUACAAUGAGUUAAUGCGAUUCAGGAGACUACGAAUCCUACUCAAUAAUGAAUGAACCACAUUGUACUAUUUCAAAAAUAGACGACGAAAAUUACAUGGUACCCAAACAGAAGGUGUAUAAUAAAUAAAAUUACCUUAGAGAGGCUAACGAUUUUUCAAAGACCUUUGGUUUGCAUAAUGUAUAAUGAAACGACGUCUAUAAAUAAUUAUAAGUCUAAACUGAUAUUGAUUCAACAAAAGGUUAUUCUGUGGCCAUUCUUUGUACCGACUCCUUUACUAAUUCCUUUGAAAUAAGGAGAAAUUAUGAUACUUCCUGGUGUUAACCUUUUGGAGCACCACUAGCGAACUUUUGACCUUUAUACGGGGGACAACUUUUCUCGCAAAAUUACAGCAGUUGUUAAUGCCACUUAAUUAAACAGGGUCGACGACCAAUAUCGAUUCAUUUAGUUUUCGUUAUAGCUACCCCGUUAAAAUAUUAUGCUCUAACAUUAACCUUUUCAAGUGGAGUAUUGCAAAAAAGCCUUCUUGAAGGUGAUCGAUAAAAAAAAGCGGAAACUAAUCUAUCUUCCAACAAGUUGGCUUUCUGGGAAACAUUUAGUUUUAACUCCCGCAACAAAGAACACCACCAAAAUGAUUGCUAAAUCGGGAAUAUAUACACUAAUUAAAUAUUCCACGUAACUGUUGCGUGCUCUGAAUAAUCAUAAAUUGCGAGUUGGAAAGGGGUGUUAACUGACCUCUGGCUAGUUUCGAAUCUGCUGUUGUACGGAGUCGACUGCACGAUGGGGUGCGCUAGUAGCAACCCCCUCAUCGAAUCCGGUAAACAUUUAGUGGAGAAUGCGAAGGAUUCCGUCGUCGAUUUUGCACAUAAGGGAGAACAUGCGAUACAAGACGCCGGCGAAACCGCAAAAGAUGGAUUGGUCGAAGGCGCGCACCAGGUGAAAACUGCAGUUGCAUCGGCAGUCGAAACUGUGGGAAAUAACAUUAGUUCGUCAAUCGGAAAAGUGAGUGAUACUUUUAAAACUGUGCACGAAGAUACCGAAGACGUGCUCGGUGGCGUUGUCGAAGACGCCGGAAGUAAAGCCAACGAGACCUUGGAAGUGGUUUCGGAGGCCGAAACCGUGUUGGCUUCAGAAGUGGACAAUAUGGUAGAAGAGGUCUCCGAAGUUGCGCACAGUACCGAAGAAAGGGCGUUUGAUAAGGUGGAAAAGUUGAAGUCGAGUAUACUUGAGGAAGCGAGGGAAUUGCAUAAGCCCGUCGACGAAAAGCUGGAGGUGCAGGACAUGGAGGAUGCCGCCGGAAGUCCGGUAAAUACUGUGGAAAUAACAAACGAUACUGUUACCGCUACGAUCUUCACUCCACCUGAAGAGGAGGUAAAGAAGGAUGAACCGUGAUGCCGAUGAACUUUUUCGGAUGAAAUACUGGGGUGGGUGCUACUGAUCUUGUUGAAUGUGCCUUUUAUAAAGGGAGAUAUAAACAGACAUGCUAUACUUAUACGAAAUGGUCUCGCUUAAAU